AUAAACCGAAAACGCCGGCGGGCACACUGCACAAACAGGCAUAAACGCGAUAAAAUGCGAAAAACAAAGCCCCGUGUAAAACUCGUCGAAAAUCGCGUAUAAAGUCAAGGAAAUAGCUUCUCGGGCUCCUAUUAACGGUUCCGGAGCUUGGGUGACGGGCGUGCAAUUGUGGUACACACACACAUCCAUAGAUUCAAAUACAAACAAAUACACGCAACGCGCAGCGCAUAUACACAAAGAAAGAAGGCAAAAAGGCAGCAGUGAAAAUCGACAAGCAAGCGCACGCAUGCACACACAAACACACACGCGAAAAAGUGUGGAUAUAUAUCCAAUAUAUUGAUGUUGUGUGCGCCGUUGUUGCUGCUGCUGCUCAGUGUGUGAGUGGAGUGAGUGAGUAAGUGAAAGAAAGAAAGAAAGAGAGGGCGGCAGAGAACAGAGAAUAGAGCCCGCGCAGGCAGGAUAAAGCAGGAGCGAUGACGAAGAUGAGCCAAAGCAUAGAAGUGAAAAAAUAAUUAAAGGUUGCCCAGCGGCGGCACCAGCAGGCGAAAGGAAAAGACGACCGAAGAGCGAGAAGACGGGCUGAGCGGAGCGGACAGGCGCAAAGGCAAACGGAACGGCAAAGCGGAGCAGUUGCAGCAACAACAUUAGCAGAAGCAGUAGCAGCAGCAGAAGCUGAAAAUCCAAAAGCAAACGCCAGAGUCGUCCCCUACACAAAUUGGCCAUCCCGGUGUCCCUCGCCAACGACAUUCCCCAACGCCAUCGCCCUCCCGCUCUUAUUUUUGGCAGUCGUCGCAUCUCGCUCUCUCUUAUUCGGUGGGGGGUACGAAAAGUUCACAUGCAACAACAACGACAACAAACAAUAGCAGUCGCCGUCGCAGUCGCAGUCGACGCAGGCAGAGGCAGAAGCAGUGGCAGUGGCAGAGACCGAGGCAGUGGCGCACUGAACGUAUUUUGUACAUAAACAUAAAAAUAGUUUUUAAAUCAAUUUAAAAGAAACCCUUAAGCAUAAUUAUACAGUAAUAACUAAUUUAACGAAAGCAAAUCAAGAAGACAACGGGAGAUAACAGAAAGGCGAAGAACCGAGAACCGAGAACCGAGAACGGAGAACUGAGAACGUAGAGGAACAUAGAGAGACAGAAGAGUACGCUACGCAAGAGAGAAAUUCGCGAAACGCUCAACGAAAUUCGCCUUUUACACGAUUUUAAAUUGAGCGUUGGCACAUCCAGAGAUCCGUUAUACAUCCAUCCAAAACGAAAAGAGAGGGAGAGUGAGCAGAGAAAAUAAACAAAACACACGGCGGAGGAGAGCAGAAGUGGAAGCAGAAGAAGAAGCAGCUGAAGGAGCAACUGUAAACACGGUCCCACACACAGCCAGGCGACACACAUACCCGCAGUCACUCACUCGCACUUCACACAACAACAUACACACACACAGCGGACACAUAUAAUCUCAGCCUCACGCUGGCGAAUCGCAACGGCAGCAACAACAGCAGAGGAGGCGACGCAGGUGGAGCUGGCGGCGGAGGGGGCGGGGCAGUGGCCGCCGCUGCCCGUAAUAACAACAACAACAACAGCAACAAUCCUGGCGGAGGCGGAGGAGCGGCUGCUGUCGGCGCUGGCGCCGAAGGAGCUGCUGGCGGCAACGGAGGAGGAGGAGGUGGCGGCGGUGGCAAUAACAAUGCUGGCGGAGCGGCAGCCAACGAAUGGAAUCAGGAGGAGAUGGACCGCUUCAGCUUCGACGACUCGAUCCGCUUCGAGGAGGACUCGCUGUGCAGCUGGAGCUCUGAGCCGGAGUCGUUGUGCAACAACUGGCGGGGCUGGAAGAAACCAAGCAACGCUGCGGGCAGCGCUGCCGGCGGCGGAAUAGGCGGUACUGGACCCGGUGUCGGAUCUGGAGCCAAUGGCCUGGGCAUCGCAGCGUCAUAUGGAGCGGCGGGCCUGAACGGAGCAGGUGCCACCGGAUCGUGUACGCCGGGCGGCAGUGCAGCGGCUAUGGGAACACUCUCCACCUGCGGACGAUAUUAUGAAGUUUCCACAUUGGCCGAACUGGCCGCUCGCUGUGUGGCCUCUUACAUACCGUUCGAACUGGUGGAGCAUGUGUAUCCCCCGGUGCCCGAGCAGCUGCAGCUGCGCAUUGCGUUCUGGAGUUUUCCGGACAACGAGGAGGACAUCCGGCUAUACUCAUGCCUGGCCAAUAGCUCGGCAGAUGAGUUCAACCGCGGUGAUCAACUGUUUCGGAUGCGGGCUGUCAAGGAUCCGCUGCAAAUAGGCUUUCAUCUGUCGGCCAGCGUGGUUAAUCAGACGCCAAGAGCCUACUUCAAUGUGGCCGUGACCUUUGACCGAAGGCGCAUCUCAUCCUGCAACUGCACCUGCACCUCGUCCGCCUACUGGUGCUCCCACGUAGUCGCCGUUUGUCUGCAUCGCAUUCAUUGCCCCCAGGAAGUGUGCCUGCGAGCACCGGUCUCCGAGUCGCUGACUCGCCUCCAACGCGACCAACUGCAAAAGUUCGCCCAGUAUCUGAUUAGCGAGUUGCCACAGCAGAUCCUGCCAACGGCCCAGCGUCUACUGGACGAGCUGCUCAGUGCCCAGCCGACGGCAAUUAAUACCGUGUGCGGUGCACCCGAUCCUACGGCCGGGGCCUCGAUCAAUGAUCAGACCAGCUGGUAUCUGGACGAGAAAACGCUGCACAACAACAUCAAGCGGAUCCUCAUUAAGUUCUGUUUGCCCGCUCCGAUAGUUUUUAGUGAUGUCAACUAUUUGACGAAUUCUGCACCGCCGGCGGCUGCCGAGUGGACGUCGUUGCUGAGACCGCUGAGGGGACGCGAACCGGAGGGCAUGUGGAACCUGCUAUCGAUCGUGCGAGAGAUGUACAGGCGCUGCGACCGGAAUGCAGUCCGAUUGCUGGAGAUAAUCACGGAGGAGUGCAUGUCCUGCGACCAGAUCCUAAUCUGGUGGUUCCAGACCAAGCUGGCGCUAAUGAUGGGCUCCCACGGACACUCUGGCGGUAAGCACUCGAACACGCACUCCAACUCCACAGCACUGCAGCAUGCCUGCAGUUCGCUGUGCGACGAGAUCGUGGCCCUGUGGCGUCUAGCGGCCCUGAAUCCCGGCCUGGCGCCGGAUGAACGCGACAUGUUGCACGCCCAGUUCACGGCCUGGCAUCUGAAGAUCCUCGAUCGAGUGGUCAAGAGCCGGAUGAUGCCGUCGUCGUACACCAAUAAGCACCAGCAGAACUCACGCUCCGACACGGAACUCUUCAUCGGCUUCAAGCCGGCCAUUGAGGCGUGCUACCUGGACUGGGAGGACUAUCCCAUUGCGGGCGUGACGCACACCCACGACACGAAUCCCAUCUACUACUCACCCUUCACCUGCUUCAAGCACACGGACCCCAAGUCCGGCGAGUCGGUUAAUCCCGGCCAGCUGAACGCAACCCAAGCGGUGAUGACAAACAACAAGCACUACAACUACUUCAGCUCCUCCAGCGACCAUGGCCUGCAUCCGGGCGCCUUUAAGCAGCGUUUGGAGCGACCAUUCCGGGAGUCACGGUUCUACAACAAUCUCGGCGACCUCGAGGGACCGGGUAUGUUGUCCGGAGCAGGAGCAUACAGCAGCAGACAGCUUCCUUCGGGGCUGGGCAGCAGCGGCGGAGGCUCUGUGGGUGGAGGCCACGCCACUUCCGGAACUGGAGGCAUCGGCCAAAUGACCGGCGGAGUUGGAGUAGCUGUCGGAGCGGCAUCUGGAUCCGGCGACGUGAAUCAUUCCGCACAGCAGCAGCUGCUGCCCAGUAUCUUGUCCGGAGUCAGCGCGUCAGUGGCCAAUUCCAAGGGAGGAGGCGGUGGAGGAGGAGGAGGUGGUGCUGGAGUAGUCACUGGCGGCGGCGUCGGCGGAGCCGGAGCUGAUGGCAAUCGGUCGAGUGCCAGCAGCGAGGGAUUUUGUGAGAACGACGAUUUCGGCGGAGAUACCAGCAGCAGCCACAACUACUGUCCGCCCGGACAGGCGGCGACAUCGUCUGUGCCUGGCCAGAAAUCCUCCGCGCUCACCGAAUCGGACUCGCAGAGCAGCUUCGAUGCCGUCUCGCAGCAGAGCAAGGACGACCAGCCAGUGGGAGUCGGCGCAGCAGUUGGCGUAGAGCAGGCAUGCUCCACCUCCGACACUUCGUCCGCCUCCUCAGCAUCCUCGUCCGCUUCGACGGCAUCCGGGAGCUCCAACAGUUCCACGUCAUCGAUGCUGAUGGCCGGACAAGAACUAGCCGCUAGUGCAAGUGUCGGUGGCUGUGUCGGUUCCGUGCAGCAAACGCCGCGUCGCCUGAGCAAGGAUGAAUCCUUCAGCAGUAGCAGCGAUGAGUUCAACCAAGGAUCUGGCAGCGGAGCGAGAGGAGAAAGCGCAGCUGACGGCGCAGGAAUAGACGGAAUGGCUGGCGCAGGAGGAGGAGGAGCAGGCUCAUCGGCUGGCGGAGACCUCACGCCAGUGCCCAGCACAUCUGCGGCAGCACGAGCUGCCCUGGCGGCCGGAUCCUCUACUGCGAUGCCGGCAAUGAUGCCUGGUACACCUCACCACCAUCACCAUCAUCACCACAUGUCGUCAGCCGGCGCCGCUGGAGCAUUAUCGGUGCUGGGACUGGCUGCUGCUCCAUCGCUGGAUCAGCCCGGCGGUAGCGCCUCGUCGUCAUCGUUGGCAGCAGCCCGGGCAGCCGCUGUGGCCGCUUGCAGCGACAAGCCACACGUCUUCUCCAAUGUCCGACCGACGGAGGAUGCCUGGGACAUACUGCUGGCCCGAGCCGAGGGCCUGCAUGCCCAUGGCCAUGGAAGCGAGGCCUGCAUCCUGGCCGUGCGCCUGGCCGAGCAAAUGCUGGCCAAUCCGCCCAAUCUGCUCCUGGAACUGCCGCCCGCACCGAAGCGCAAGGGCAAGAAACAGAACGUGAAUCCCAUCUCGCACCAGUUGACCGUGGUGGCCUCCGCUACGCUGUCAAAAUGCGCCUUCCUCUGCACGGUGCUGUCGGAGAACUCGGAGCAUUAUCACAUCGGCUUCCGGAUAUGCCUGUUCGCCCUAGAGAUGCCACGGCCGCCGGCCAGCACCAAGCCGCUGGAGGUGAAGCUGGCAAACCAGGAGGCGGAUAUACUGGCGCUGCUCAAGCGCCUGCCCCUCGGCUCGGCGGAACUGCAGGUGAUUCGCGAACGUGCCGAGCAGCUGCGCAGUGGAACCUUCAAGACGCGCGGAGAAGCCCUGCUGCCGAUUAACCUGGCCACAUUCAUAUUCGACGCCCUCGUUCUCCUCAGUCCCGUGGGUGGAGGAGGAGGAUCUGCUGCAGCCAUGCCGGGUUCAGGAGGACUAGGAGCUGCAUCAGGAGCCGGUUCUGGAGCGUCUGGCAAAUCCCUGGUCACAUCCGGCGGCCGGCUGCUCUUCUACAAACCGCACAGCGAUGAGAAUCUAGGAUUUGAUGCUGCUGUGGCCGCCUUGGGACUCAAGGCGAAUGUCUCGGAGGCAGAGCAUCCAUUGCUCUGCGAAGGCACACGGCGGCAGCGCGGAGAUCUCGCGCUAACCCUGCUCUCCCACUACAAGGACGAGCCACGCAAGAUAGCCAAGAUCAUGGAGAAGCUGCUGGACAGGGAUAUACACACGCUGCUCAAGGCACCGCUCCUGCCCGCCUACUACUCGAGCAACCCGCCGGUGAGGACGCCGAGCAACCAGCCUACGCGCAGGGAGGAGCAUCACGAGUACGGUGGCAGCGGUAGCUCCGCCGGAUGUCCCUCAUCCAACUGCAAUCCCGUGGCCAAUCUGUGCGAGCUCCUGCCGGCGGACUAUGGCAGUGUCGGUGGCAACAGUCGACCCCACAGCUCUACGAGCGCCGAACUGGAGCUGAGCAUGUGCGCCCUGAGCAUGGCCAGCAGUGGCAGCCAGUCGGGACAGGGCAUGGUGCCCACACCGAAUGCGGCCGGAGGCGGAACCACUGGGACACCCAACUCUGGCAGCACCACGGCCAGUGGAGGCCAGAAUCCGAGCGGUAAUAAUCCGAGUGGCAAUGGCGCAGGAGGAGGAGGCAGCGGCGGCGGCGGAAACGGUGGAAAUGGAGGCGGUGCCAAUGGCGGCAGCUCCAGCAGCAGUCGCAGCAAGGAGAGCCGGUACAAGGGCAAGAGGGCAUACCCCUCGAUACCCAACCAGCCGUCGGAGGCCAGUGCCCACUUCAUGUUCGAGCUGGCGAAGACCGUGCUGAACAAGGCCGGUGGCAACAGCUCCACGUCGCUAUUCACGCAGGCGAGCACCAGCCAGAAUCACCACGGACCGCACCGAGCCCUCCACAUGUGCGCCUUCCAGCUGGGCCUAUAUGCCCUCGGCCUGCACAACUGCGUCAGUCCCAACUGGCUGUCGCGGACGUACUCAUCGCAUGUCUCCUGGAUCCUGGGCCAGGCGAUGGAGAUUGGAGCGCCGGCUAUUAGUUUCCUGAUCGACACCUGGGAGGCGCAUCUGACGCCACCGGAAGCAGCUGGCAUGGCGGAUCGUGCGUCUCGCGGCUGGGACAGCAACAUGGUAUACCCGGCGGCGGAACUAGCCCUCUCCGUUCUGCCCCAUGCCGCCGCCCUGAAUCCGAACGAAAUCCAGCGCGCAAUCCUGCAGUGCAAGGAGCAGAGCGAUCUAAUGCUGGAACGGGCCUGUCUCACGGUGGAAACGGCCGCCAAGGGCGGCGGCGUCUAUCCAGAGGUGCUGUUCCAGGUGGCCCGCUACUGGUACGAGCUGUACAUGCGGAAUACGCCGAACAACAGUGAGCACGAGCCCCACGACGACGCCAUGGAUCACUCCGCGGUGAGUCUAAGCGCGUUGAUCGAGUCGCAGCAACAGCACGAACUCCAGCAGCAGCAACAGCAGCAGCAGCAGGCGGUGCAGCAGCAGGUGCAGCAACAGCAGCAGCAGAUGGGUAUGCCGAAUCCGGGUGUGCCUGGCGGAGGCGGUGGUCCCGGCGGACCCGGACUUCCAGUGGCCGUGCCACCGCCCGUUGGCGUUGGCUCCGCCCUGCCCAAUCCGCAGGGCCAGUUCCAGCCCGUGGGCGUAGCCGCACUGGCUCCUCUCGGCCUGGCCCCGUAUCCGCCAUACAGCUUCUGCCAGGGCCUGUAUGCCCACGCCCACCACAACCUGAGCUAUCCGCCCGGACAGAUGCAGAUGUACAUCUCGGCUGGACCGCCGCCGCCGCCACAGGCCUACGGUGGCUACCAGCAGGCGCCGCCACAGCAGCCGCCCAAUCCGCAGCAGCAGCAGCAGCAGCAGCAGCAGGUUGUGCAGCAGCAGGUCGUGCAGCAGCAGGUUCAGCAGGUGCAGCAACAGCAGGUCGUGCAGCAGCAGGUCCAGAUGGCGGGACAGCCGCCGCCGGGGCACCCCGGUCAGCCGGGGCAUCCGGGACAGCCGCCAUCCGCCUUCCAGCCACAGCCGCCGCCGGGAGCCUUCCAGCCGAUGCCACCGCAGGCCUACCAAGCGCUCCAAGCAGGUCCUCCUGGACCGCCGAUGGGUCCGCCUCAAGGAUACUACGGUCCACCGCCUCCACCACCGCCAAACGGACCACCCGGAGUGGGCGUCGGUGUUGGUGUAGGUGUGGGCGUGGGCGUCGGCGUGAUGCCCAUGCGGCAGCACCAGCACCAACAUCCCGUGUAUCCGUUCAUGCAGCAGGCGCCGCCGCCUCCAGUGCAGCAACAGCAGCAGCAGGCGCCGCCCUCGCAGCCACCAGUUCGACAGCGACAGCCACACCAGUUCACACCAACCCAGCUGAGGUAUCUGCUGGCGGCCUAUAAUGUAGGCAUGCUGGCCAUGGAGACGCUGGCUCGCCGCGUCCACGACGACCGGCCGCAGGCCAAGUAUGCCCGGAAUCCGCCGUACGGCGAGGACGUCAAAUGGCUGCUCCGGAUCAGCAAGAAGCUGGGCACUCAGUAUCUGCAUCAGUUCUGCAUUUGCGCGGUCAACUCGAUCGUGAGUCCGUUCGUCCUCCACGACGUGGCCAUCGAGUCUGCCCACUAUCUGGGCAGGAACAACCACCAGCUGGUGAUGCAGCAUCUCCGCUCCGCCCUGACGCCUCUCGUCCAGAAGUGCCAGCAAAUGUACAUCCAGUGCAUCCACCAGAAGCUGUAUCAUCUGACGCAGGGCGAUUACGAGGAAUUCGCCAGCAUUGUGGUGGCCGCCCGCGCCGCCUUCCAGAUUACGCCCGAGGGCAGUGCCCAGUUUAAGGACUGGCUGCAGUCCAUCAAGCGGUCGAAAUCCUGCAAGAAAGAGCUGUGGACACAGAUUAAUGCGGCUCUGCAGAGCAACUCCAAAUGACAAAGACUU